GGCGUUUUGAAGUGUGUACGUUUCUGUGCACUAAACAUAAAUAAUGAUUCUCAGACAGUUUAUUAUAAAUAAAUACACUAAAAACUGUUUCGGUUACUGUAAAGUAUCAUGAUUGUUGUGUGUUAGCAAUAUUUAGUCGCGAGUGUGCGCUAAAAUGGACAAGAAAAAUGCAAUUCGAAGAGCCAAAAGGCCUUCCAAAGUGCUUGAAGAAAAUUAUUGGGAUUGCAGCGUCUGUACGUACAGAAAUAAUGCAGAAGCAUUUAAAUGUUCGAUGUGCGACGUCAGAAAAGGUACUUCAACACGCAAACCUCGAAUCAAUCCUGCGCUGGUGGCCGCCCAGGCCGCAGGUACGGCGCCCACUAGUUCGCAGAAGAGGCCACGCUCUGCGAAUUCGCUCAAGAAGAAGCGACGGCAUCCGCCGCGGCUCAGCAAUGUUGAUCGCAGCUCAGCGCAAACUAGAGAGGUAACUGUAAGCGGUGUUACAGUAGUUAUAACCGAAUACAAACCGAAGAAGUCCGUCUCUAGCAGUUCCAGCGACGUGGAAUCCUCAAAUGACGCCCGACCAUGAUCCAUGACAGUCCAGUGGUCACAAUGCGUUGAUGAAAGCUCAACUCCAAAAUAGCAUACUAUAAGGUCUUAAAUUGCUAAAUACUAAUGGUACGAUAUGAAGUUUUUGAUU